CGUCGGCGAAAAUGCAACAGGAAUGCGAAGCCUUGGGCUCAUGCGAGAAGACAUUUUUAAAUACCGAGUCAUAACUCGCAUUUCACCGGAAGUUUAUUUCAUGCCGUGAACUUCCGGAUCAAAAUCUCCCGCGAAAAGAUUCCGAGGCUUUCACACUUUCCCUCAUUAUAUAUAUAUAUAUGUAUAUGUAUUUUAAAAAAAUCAACAGCAAAAAACGAGAUCGUAUCUAUUUGGAAGAAUAAAAAGGAAAAUAUUUUUUUAAAAUGCACUUCUUAUGUACGGGCAAAGAUAGAACUUACGAAAGUGUUAUUUUGAUGUUGAGUUAAAAUAUUCAGACAACGAAUUCUUUCAAGUGUUGGAUUUUUAGUAGUAGAAUAAAUACUUGCCUCGUUCAGUCUGUCCCCAAGGGCAUUAGUUGUGUAAGGGAAACGGCUUUAAACACAAAAACCAAAAUUUGGUCGAAGACACACACCUCUGCCCUACCCUUCACUAAUUGGUGCAAGGAAGGUUACAAUCUAAUCACUGACGGGAUGCAACUGUCAUACAAGUUAGGGACCACUGACCGAUUAAACAACAUUAAUUAUUUUAAAACCAGACAGAAAGAUAGAGAUAGGUAGCUGUUCUUAUCGCUUGAAUCGACAUCUGUCAAUUUAUUUGCAGAAGACAAAAAAAAAUGAUGGUGCCUGUGCAGGAACAUGUAUGUCCUGCAUGCAAGAUUAAGAUGCAACUCUUUGCCAUUAACUUUGAAGAAAGUAUAUAUUUAUGCCCUACCGAAGGGUGUUUUUAUCCUCUGAACCAAUCACAUAAAAUAGUGCUUGUUGCCAGUAAUAAUAUGUGCAGUGACAAUGAAAUGGUCUCAGCAUAUCCCGAAGAGAAGGCUUUAGAUGUAAUAUCUGCAGACACAGAACAGAACAACAGUGGUUCUUCAGUGACUGAAGAUGGUGUGGCACACGAAGAACCAGCUGUUGCUGAUAUUUCAGAUUCAAAUAAUGCUUUAAUGAAUUUACCAAAAUCUAUGGAAUCAAUUAUCAGGAAAGUUGCUUUGGCCAACAAGAACUUCACCAGUUUAUUGCCUAAAAAUUUUCUUGAAUCAUUGUCUCCACCAUCCGUAUCAUCAUCAUCAUCAUUAGUAGCACCAGCAGCAGCAGCAGUAGCAGCAUCAUCAUCGUCAUCAUUAUCACUGUUGCCAUCGUCACCACUUCCGUCAUUAAAGAAAACGCUUAAACGGAAGAUCGUUGAUGUGAAAAACAACAGUUCAACUGUAACUGCAAGUCUGCCACCCCAUUUGCAGCAAAGGAAACUGAACGUAAAUGUUGCACCGAACAAACAAGUGCACUAUUUGCAGUGGCCGAAUAGCCAGGCUCUGUGCUGGCUUGAUGUCAUCUUAUGUCUAUUCGUACACAACAAAAUGCUAAAAGCUCGAGUCAGGCAGCUCCCGCCCCAAGAUAGAUCUGUUCUUAAGACCCUGUUUAAGGCCUACACUCAGGCCAUGAAAUUAUUUAAUGGCACAAACCAACCAGAAAAAGGACAGCCGACUGCUAAGGGCCCUAACUCUUCAAUCCCGGCAUCUGAUUUACCCAUGGCCAUUCUCAAGAAAGCCAUGUUGGACAACUCUGUAGCUGUGAAAGGACCCAAGAAGAAAGCUGUUAAACUAUUACUCAACGUCCGUGAAGCCGUGUGGAAACAGCUACAAACGAAGCUGCUGUGCAAGAAAGGUACGAACGAUGGUCCUGUCUUCGCUCUCAUUUCUCUUGAGAAACAGGAACCAGCUUUACGUGAUGUAUUUACCAUGGAUUACAUUUUGGAAUUUCUCUGUAAGCAGUGUGAGCAUCGUGUCACAUCCAGUCACACCAAAAUGUUGCCUACUUUGGAAGCUGCUGCAGAUUUUUCAAUGUAUAAUAUGCAACACAUUGUUAAAUGUUCCAACUGCAACUGUCGAAACCAGUGUCGCACCCUGAAACCCAUCAAGUUUGGAAACUCUAUUUUAUUACACUUCUUGAAAGGGAUUCCAUUUGAAGAUUUAUCCAAAUUGAAUUUUACCCAUAAUUCCAUUCACUAUCAUGUCGUUGGGAUUGUUCAAUAUACAAAUGAUCCUGACCACUUCAUUGCUUGGAUCAAAUAUUCAGAUCGAAAAUGGAUUAAAUGUGAUGAUUUAGAUGGUCCGAUAUGUUCGGUGAACCUUGGUCUACCUCUCAUACCCAAGCAGGAAAUCCAUUUAGUAAUGUGGGAAAAACUGAAGUCGGAUUCUCUUGAGACCGUAGCAGAUCCUAAAACGAAUUCAGCGUCAGCAUUGACCAAUCCACAGAUGUUACCGGUUGUUACAUCGGUCAGUGAAGCUCCUUCAGCUUCUGCUUUACCAGUUGUAACUAUAUCAGAUGAUUCUUGUUCAUCACCUAUACCGUCAACUUCAUCUGUCACGUUGUCAACGACUGCGACGUCAAUGACGAAUAGUAUUAUAUCAUCGACUGUCGGAACGGUUUUCAGCAGAACUACGCCGUCAACUGGAGUUUCAGUUCUUGGUAAUAUAAUGUCAUCAAUUGAAGCGCCAGUUUUUGGUGAUGCCAUGUCAUCAACUGUUGUCCCAGUACUCAGUGGUACCAUACCAUCGGCUGUUGUUCCAGUUCUCAGUGGUACCAUCCCUUCAGCUGUAAUGCCGGUUCUUAGUGCUACUGUGCCAUCAACUGUAGUUUCAGUUAUUGGUAAUACUGUGACAUCAGCAGUCACACCAGCCCUCAAUAGUACCGUUUCUCAACUGGUCAGUCCAGCUCUUUGUAGUACUAUGUCGCAGCCAGUCAUUUCUGCUCUGUGUAGUACAGUCUCACCAUUGGUCACAGCAGGUCUUUGUAAUACUGUAUCACCAUUGGUCACCCCAGCUCUUUAUAGUACUGUUUCACCAUCGGUCACUCCUGCUAUUUGCAGUACCGUCUCGUCACAAGUUGCACCGACUGUCAACACUACUGAAUCGUCAGCAGCCCUCAGUACCGUUUCCCCAACUGUGGCCCCGGUCCACAAUAUUAUGCUCUCGUCACUUGGGACUCCCAUUUCCUGUGCUACGUUGUUAUCAGUUGCAAAUCCUGCCAUUAAUGGACCAAUAUCAAUCUCAGUAACACCGACAUCAACAACACAACCACAACCGUCAUCAUCCGCUGAUGAUUCGUUUAUUAUUCCCAUGUCUGUGUCACCAAGUGGAUUAAUUUCCUUAUCAACCACUACGUCACCUUCUGAAGUUGUCUUCUCUUUGCCUGUUAUGUCAUCGACUCCGAACACUUUGCUUACACAAUUGGUCAGUUCUGGGAAAGAGGAAAGCUCUUCUUCAUUAACAAGUGCCUCACCAAUUCUUAAGUCUGCACUUCUGAAUAGUUCUCCAUUAUUAGCUUCAGAAACAUUAGUUUCUGCUGCCGGAGACUCCAUACCUCCACAUAAUUCUGCUUCACUACCUACGCAAGUUCUUUCAAAUUCCAGUGAAACCCAAAGUUGUCUAACCGGUUCUUUAACACCAGCCACUUCCAGUAACCAAGUAAUUUAUCCAGUUCAGAUUGAACCCCCACUUUCCAUGAACACAGCAUGCGUUGUCCAAAACACACCGGUUGUUGUCAGACCAGGUCAGUCGGGGGAUUUAAACCAAGUUGUUAUACCAAAUUGUAGUCAAAUUCCUUGUUCCCCUAUGGAAGUGAAACAAAUAAGUUUUCAACCUUUGCCUAUUUCUAAAGGGAAUACAAAAACUUUACCGAUCAAACUUGAGAGUGAUGCCAAUCACUUAAAUAAAUUAAAAGCCAAUUUGGCAAUGGUCAAGAGAUUCAGGAAGUGGUAGGGAUAUGGAAUAUCAGUUUCCAAUUUCCAGUUUGUUAUUGAUAUUCCUCUGUAAAUUUUGUGUAUAAAUUCUUAUUUCCUAAGUUAUUGUCAGAAUUAUCUACAGAUUUUUUUUCUUUCUAAGGAGAGAAUAAAAGACUUAAACUGCCAUCUGUGAUUGCAAAAACUGAAAAAAAGAAUUAACCCCACAAUAUGUAAUAAAGUUGUUAUCAUUAUUA